AGGAAAUGAAAGAAAGUGAAUCCAAACACACACAUUUACCUUGUUGACAUUCCUCUAUCUUGUUCAAAACUCGAUUUACUUCAACACCGAGGAUAUAUUUCAAAUACAGAAGACAUGUCGAUAGGACUAAAGCAAGUAUUUAACAAGGACAAGACUUUUCGACCCAAAAGAAAAUUUGAUCCUGGCACACAAAGGUUUGAGUUGCAUAAACGGGCUCAGGCAUCUCUGAGCUCUGGAGUUGACAUGAAGGCUACGGUUCAGCUGCCCAAUGGAGAAGACCUCAACGACUGGGUGGCUGUGCAUGUGGUUGACUUUUUCAAUAGGAUUAACCUCAUCUACGGUACCGUUUGUGACUCCUGCACAGAGACAACGUGUCCUGUUAUGUCUGGGGGUCCAAAAUAUGAGUACAGAUGGCAAGAUGACAUUAAAUACAAGAAGCCUACUGCCUUACCAGCACCUCAGUAUAUGAACCUACUUAUGGACUGGAUUGAAGUACAAAUUAACAAUGAAGAUAUAUUUCCUACUAGUGUGGGAGUUCCUUUUCCAAAGAAUUUCCUGCAGAUCUGCAAGAAGAUACUGUGCAGACUAUUCCGUGUAUUUGUCCAUGUAUACAUUCAUCACUUUGACCGCAUUAUAAUCAUGGGAGCAGAAGCACACGUCAAUACCUGCUACAAGCACUUUUACUACUUUGUGACAGAACUGAACCUCAUAGACCGGAAGGAGCUAGAACCAUUGAAAGAAAUGACCGUGCGGAUGUGCCAGUGAAGAAUGAUGUCAGAAGAAUGAUCGGCUUCUUCAUUAAAAUAUAUGAAUAGUCUGAGGAAGACAUAAACAUGUGACUGUCAACCUGGACUGAAGAGCACAUGACUUCUUCCAUUCCUGGAUCUCUCCCAGUUUCUAGACUCCACCAAUGCUGCUAAGACAACUCUGUGGAUGGCGUAGUGGGAGAAUCGGACCAUUUCACAUUAUCUCCAUGGAUGAAACAUGACUAGACAUACAUUCUAGUGUACUAUGCCCAAAAUGUUGCUGCAUAGCAUGACUGAAAUUCAGGGUUUCACAGAUGAAUUUAUACUAUUUUUAAUUAACUGAUUUUUACUAAUGUCGAAUUACAUCUUUCUAUUUUCUGUAGAACACUUUUUACUACUUACAGUACUUUUGGAAUUUUUAAUGAAAAACAGUCAAGAUGAAUUUAUAUCUUGGAAAAAUGGAUAAAUGAGUUUUAAAUUUGAAUUUAGGGGUUAGUCUAAUAAUAGUGUGAUUAACAAUACAAAGGACAGAUGUAGUGUAAUAAAAGCUCUGUGUCCCUUAUAGUGCCUCGUUUUCA